AUGCAAUUUUGCAUUGAUUAUCGACGAUUAAACGCUAUUACAAUUAAAGAUGCAUUUCCAUUACCUCGUAUUGAUGAAAUAUUUGAUCAAUUAUGUGACGCAAUGUAUUACACAAAAUUCGAUUUUAAAUCUGGUUAUUUUCAGGUACCUCUAUCUAAAGAGGCUCGACCAAAAACUACAUUUUCAACUCGUAACAAUCAUUAUCAAUUUACUGUACUUCCGCAAGGAAUUACCAACGGACCCGCAACUUUUCAACGUGUAAUUAAUUACAUAUUAGGACCCGCAAGAUGGAAAUAUGCAUUAGCUUUUAUUGACGAUGUAAUUAUAUAUUCUAAAACAUUGGAAGAACAUUUAUUACAUCUCAAUGAAAUUUGUACAAUAUUAAAAAAUGCUCGAUUUCGUCUUAAUCUAGAAAAAUGGGAAAUUGCUCGAACACAAACAGAGUAUCUUGGACAUCAAAUUAACAAUGGUGAAAUUCGAUCAAGCCCUCAUAACAUUAAUGGUUUACUGAAUGCAAGGUUACCACAAACUCCAGAUGAAGCUUGCAAAUUCCUUAGAGCAGCUGAAUAUUAUAGAAAAUUUAUACCAAAUUUUUCUCAAAUCGCCCAACCACUUAGAAAAUUUGUUCCAACUACAAGAACUCAACAAAAAAAUGGACAAAAAACUAUGAUUACAUUAACAAAUGAAGAAACUAAAGCAUUCGAACAACUUAAACAUUAUCUUACAACUGAUCUGGUAUUACGACUGCCAAAUAAUAGAUUCCUUUUUAAAGUACAAACUGACACAUCUGAUGAGGGAAUCGGUGCAGUAUUAUUAUAA